AUGGCGCGUCUACUUUUCGUCACUACGUUCGCCGUGCUGCUGGCCGUGGCGUCCGCAGGACAAACCGUGGUGACCGGACCCAACAACCCGGCGGUGAACCUGGACAAGGCCAAGGGCGAGAAUGGCGUGGCAACUGACGUUCCUCCUGGUAUCGAGAAGGCGGCGGCCGCCGGCGGGCUUGACAAGUACGAGGGGACGACGAUCGUGAGCCCGAGCACGGACACUCCAGACGGGGAAAUUUUAGCGGAGAAUAAGGCAGCGGAGGAUACGGGGAAGAAGGCGGAAGAUGCGGGGAAGAAAGCGGAGGAUGCGAGCAAGAAGGCGCAGAAGCGGGGGAAGGAGCUGGAGAAGCGCUUGCGCCGGCUGCGGGAAGUGAUGGCGGAAGUGGAUGGGGGAAAGGGCGUCAACGCGUUUAUCAUUCCGUCCGAAGACCCGCACCAGAGCGAGUACAUGGCGCCGUGCUUCGAGCGCCGCGCGUUCAUCUCGGGUUUCACGGGGUCCGCAGGCACGGCGGUGGUCACGCGCGAGCGCGCGCUGCUGUGGACGGACGGGCGCUACUUCCUGCAGGCGGAGCAGCAGCUUCCGCCGGGCUGGGACCUCAUGCGCGCGGGCAUGCCCGGCGUGCCCUCUGUUGCGGACUGGCUGGCGGAAGCGCUCCCCGCGGGCAGCAGAGUGGGGGUGGACCCGUUUGUGCAUUCGGCUGACAACGUAAGAGGCCUGGCGGACACGCUGGCAGCGUCCUCAUCCGUGGUGGUGCCGCUGCUGCGCGAGAGCAACCCUGUUGACGUUGUUUGGGGCGCCGAGCGCCCUGCGCCCCCAUCAGCGCCCAUGAGGGUGCACCCUAUCGAGUUCGCGGGGCAGACAGUGAGGGCGAAGCUGCAGCAGCUGCGGGCGGAGAUGAGAGAAGCCGGUGCCACGGCGCUGCUGGUGUCUGCUCUGGAUGGGGUGGCAUGGCUGCUCAACGUGCGCGGGGCAGAUGUGCCGCACUGUCCAGUGACAGUGGCAUAUGCAGUGGUGGAGGCGGAAGCAGCACACCUCUUUGUGGAUCCCAGCAAGGUGGCAGCUCCUGCUGUUGCAGAGCACCUGGCAGCAGCGGGCGUGACUGUCAAGCCAUAUGGGGACCUCGUUCCCUUCCUCCAAAGGUCUGCCAUGGACGGAGCUCGCCUCUGGCUCGACCCUGCCUCCGCCUCCUCUGCAGUGCUCUGCUCUGUUGAAGCCGCCUGCGCUCAGUUCUACGAGCAGAGAGCCUCAGGGAAGGGGGGAUUCGGGGGAAAGAAGGGGAAGAAGGGCGAGAAGGGGGAGAAGAAGAGCAAGGAGGGGAAGGGGGGGAAGGGGAGGGAGGAGCGAGGGGGAGCAGGCGGGGAGGAAGUGGAAGGGCCGGCAGUGCUCAGCCGAACCACUCCAAUCUCUCUGGCCAAGGCACUCAAGAACGAAUCUGAGAUCGAGGGGAUGAAGAACGCCCACAUCAGGGACGCGGUGGCAAUGGCACAUUUCUGGGAGUGGGCGGAGAGGGCGGUGGUGGAGGAGGGGAGGGCAGUGACAGAGGUGGAGCUGGGGGAGAGGCUAGAGGCGUUCCGCGCACAGCAGGAGGGGUUCCUUGACACCAGCUUUGAUACCAUCGCAGGUUCGGGCAAGAACGGGGCUAUCAUUCACUACCGAGCCGAGGAGGACAACUGUGCGGUGGUGGAUCCUUCCAAGAUGCUUCUGCUGGACAGCGGAGCACAGUACAUGGAUGGCACAACAGACAUCACGCGCACUGUUCACUUUGGGACCCCUUCGGACUAUGAGAAGGAGUGCUACACACGCGUGCUGCAGGGCCACAUUUCGUUAGAUUGCGCGGUGUUCCCCCAGGGCACGCCCGGGUUCGCCCUGGACAUUCUCGCCCGAAGCCCGCUGUGGGGCAUGGGGCUGGACUACCGGCACGGCACGGGGCACGGCGUGGGCGCUGGUCUCAACGUGCACGAGGGGCCGCAGAGCAUCAGCCCUCGCUUUGGCAACCCGACUCCUCUGCAGGCCGGCAUGGUUGUUAGCAAUGAGCCGGGGUUCUACCAUGAUAACCAGUUUGGGAUUAGAAUCGAGAACCUUCUUGUGGUGAGGGAGCAGCAGACGCAGUUCCGAUUUGGUGGCACAACGUAUCUGGGAUUCGAGUGCCUCACGCUCUUUCCAAUCCAGACGAAGCUAGUGAGUGUGGAGCUGCUGAGCAACGCAGAGGUGAAGUGGAUUAACGACUAUCACCAGCGCGUGUGGGACACUGUCUCCCCUUUGCUAUCAGGGGCACCCCUGCAGUGGUUACAGCGCAACACUCAGCCCAUCUCGCGAAACCAGGCCCCACAGAAACCUGCAGCGGCUAGAGGGGCAAAAGCAGGAGCCAAAGGAGGAGCUAAGGCAGCAGCCAAGGCGGCUGCAGCCAGCUAA